UUAAUUAAAGAUUUUAUAGUUUAUCUGAGAAAUUGUUUCUAAUACAUCGCUUCUGCUUGUUAAAGUUUCUAAUGGUUAUGUUUUCUACAUCAUUGUAUACUAGCUCUAUUGAAAAGUACAGGCAGGUACACUAAAUUCCAAAGGAGAGGAACACACACUAACACUUCUAGCUUGACAUGGACUCCCAUCAUGACCCUCUCAAGACACCAAGCCUAAGACACAAAUGCUCAGCAUGCUAUAAGCAAUAUAAGAAGAAAGAGCAUCUUAUUGAGCAUAUGAGAGUUUCAUAUCACUCUGUUCAUCAGCCUAGAUGUGGAGUCUGCCUAAAGCACUGCAAAUCAUUUGAAUCAUUGAGGGAAUAUCUAAUGGGUCCACUUUCAAAAUCAAGUUGUUCAAAAAUUUUCUCAGAGCAAGGUUGUGGCCUUUGUUUGAGAGUACUUGAUAGUCCCAAAACUCUCAGUGAGCACCUAAACAUUUGCUGCAUAACAGCACCUGUUCACCAAGGAACAAGUCUACUACCAACUGAUUUAUCCGAUUGUUAUGAAGAAGAUCGUUCUGAUCGAGGCCUUGGAGCAAUAGCUAUGGAUUGUGUAAUGGCUGGUGGAGGAAGUGAUGGUGCACUGGACAUUUGUGUUUGGAUAUGCCUUGUUGAUGAACAUGAGAAAUUGAUUUUCAAUACUUUCGUACAACCACAAAUACCGAUCACGAACUACAGGCACGAAGUAACUGGGCUAAAGGAAGAACAUUUGAGGUAUGCCAUGCCACUGAGAAAUGUCCAGGAAAAAGUAUUGAAACUCUUGUUAAAUGGAGAAUCCAUUGGGAGAUUGAGAUCGAAUGGUGGUAAAGCUAAGCUUCUUGUCGGCCAUGACUUGGAGCAUGAUUUAGAUUACCUGAGAAUGAAUUAUCCCGAUCAUAUGUUAAGGGACACGGCUAGAUAUCAUCCAUUGAUUAAAACAAAUUUGGUUAGUCAUUCUCUGAAGUACCUUACCCGAGCAUAUUUGGGGUAUGAUAUUCGGCAAGAUGGGCACGACCCUUACGAAAAUUGUGUAUCAGUUAUGCGAUUGUAUAAAAGAAUGCGUAGUCUUGAUCACCGUAGACAAGUUAUGACCCCGUCAGCUACUUCUCCCUAUAUCCAGUAUGUUGCUCCCAAUCUUGAUUCCUAUAGUGCAAAAGAUCUUGAAAAGAUGACUCCGGAUGAACUUUAUGAGAUGUCGAGAUCAAACUUUAAGUGUUGGUGUCAUGACUCAAGACGAGUUAUGCAAACUUAG